CAACAACAACAAUAAUAAUAAUAAUAUGAAUGAUCCAUAUGUAUUGUUCAAUAAUAAUAAUGGCCCAAAACAUCCGAAAUUGGAUUUCCGUAAACCAAUGAUCAAUAAUAAUCCUUCAGCACAACAAUCUGAUCGUAUGUCCAUGCAUCAUGGACCAAAUCGACCAGCGCCACCAUCAUCACCACCAUCGAUCAAACAAUUCAAUAUCGAUACACAUUCGAAUAAUCAAGCAAAAGAAAAUUUUAAUAAUCCUAAUGAUAAUAACAAUAGCCGUGAAAGAGAUCAAGACAACAGCGAUUAUAAUAAUAAUCAGACCCCUCCUCCGAAGCCUGAUGCAAUGAAAAUUAUACCGGCACCUAAAUUGGAUAAACCAGGCGAAGAAAGAUGGCCAGAUAAUUCAUUGGAAAGUGAUUAUAAUCAAGGUAGUAAUAAUCAACGUUCACCAACAUAUUCGGAUCAUCAUCAUUCAUCAUCCAGUGAUGAUAACACUGAUAAUCAAUACAAUAAUCAACACGGUAGCCCUUCGUCGGUCAAUGAUCCAAAUACGAUAACGCCAGCCCCACCUAAGAAACGAACACGACCAGUUAUUCGAAUCAAAGCUGAAAGGCCACCAAUUCGUAUCAAUUCGGUUGGUCAGAUAAAGCUAAAAGCAGAAAGACAAAUGCGUUUAAAACCAAAAAUCCGUUAUAUGGAUAAAAAUAAAGAGCUUCCUAUCGAUACUAAUACUAGUAAUAAUGAUGAUGAUGAUAGUUAUGAAAAACAACCGGAACAAAGUUCCAUAAAUCCACGUGUUCAUCAUCAUAAUCGUGGCCAUAAGAAAAUAAUGACUGCCUAUUCAAAUGGUCCAACACGAUCAAAAGUGAUACCGGAUAAAUAUCUUACAGAAUAUGCACCAUUAAGAAAUUUAGAUGAUAUCAAUCCAAGAACUAUACCUCCGCAUAGUAGUAGUGGUAAAAAAUAUACACCUUCAUCAUCUAGUUAUGAUCAGUUACCUAGACAUAAUUAUAAAAAUAAUCAUAAAUCAAUAAUGAAAAGUACCAGCUCAACAUCAGGUCAUCAUAAUAGUCGUUCAAAGUCAACACUAUCAACAGAUGAUGAAGAUAAUAAUAAAUCUGCAUUGGAUUUUAGUCCAAUUUAUCGUCCAUCAUCAUCAUCAUCAUCAUCAUCGUCAUCGUCAUCGUCAUCGUAUAGCGAUAAUGAUUCAGCCGAACAACCAGCGCCAAAAUCUGGACAUCCUAUGACUAUACGUACGGCGGAAGGAUUAGAAAAUUUAGAAAAGAAUAAUUAUGAUAAACAAUUGCUGAAAACAUUGAAAAAUCUAAUGGUCACCGGUGGUAAAAGACAUAAAUUGGAUUUCGAAGAUAAAGAAGAAGGCGAAAUUCAUAAAGUACAAACAAAGGGUAAAAUACCGGAAAAAUAUUUAAAACAAUUCCCAAGUGAAGAUAAAUAUCAUCAUUCACAUUCACAUUCAUCAGUUCAUGAUCGAGAUAAUAAUAAUUCCGAAUUAGAUGAUAAUCAAAGUGAAUCAUACCGUGAUUAUGACCCUCGAAGUAUAUCGUCAUCAAAUGAACCAUCAUAUGAAGAUAUGGCUGAUGAUUUAAAUGAUAAUACAGCAUCAGAUGAACGAUAUGAGCCGAUACGAUCAUCGCCAUCACCAAGACCGGUUCGACGAUAUCGUGUAAAAGGUUAUGAUCCUAAUUAUCAAUAUAUUGGACCAGAGCCACAUCCGGCUGAAUCUGAACAUACUGAUCUAGGUAUUAGUGAGAUGGAACAUCCGACAACAGCUAUAACCGAACAAAUUGGCCACGAUGGUCGUAAAGUAAAAACCUAUGUGCUGUCCGGCGUUUAUAGGAAAAAAGUGGAUGAAAUCGUACGUAAUGAAGCCGAUCAUGAUGACGAUGAUGAUGGUGGUGGUUCGUAUUCAACGAAUCAUGCUGAUGAAUCCAGACAAAUUGUACAUUUUAUCCGUCCGGAUACAGAUACCAAUCAUAAUGAACAAAAAUUGCAUGAAUUAUUAGAAAAAUGCGAUGACGAUCCAAAUUCUGCUAUUGUUGAACAAACGACAUCAUCAUCUACAUUGGCCGCUCCUGUGAUGAAUACAACUGUAUCACCACUAACAUUAUCAUCAACUGUCAGUGAUAUUUCUUCACUUUCUUCGUCGUCACAUACUUUUUUUUCUAAGUCUGCCUUCUAAGCGCCAUUCUGUGCCAAGCCAGUUAAUUUUUCGAUUCCCUCAAUUGAAACACACACACACACAUAGAAAGAGAUAUACACCCAAUCACUAUUACAUUUGCCGGAAAAUCAAUCUGUCAUUAAUGUCAUUUUCUUCUUAUUUUCCUUUUUUUCUCUUUCUUUAUUUUUUUAUUGAUUGAUUCCUUUAAUUAAAUUAUAUUACAUAUUAGAGAUUGUCAUAGUGUGCAGAUUCUAUUUUCUCAUUUUCAUUUUCUUAUUUUCAUUAUCAUUUUCAUUCAUAAUUAUAUCCUCUUUUUGUUAUGAUCAUCACAUAGCGAUAAUUCUUUGGCUUGAA